AAAAAAAGAAACCAUGUUGUCUUUUGUCUUGUCUUGUCUUGUCUUGUGCUCGAAAUUUGUAGCUAUAAAAAGGGGAAGAACGUAUCAACAUUCACACCCACCAAGUCCAAGAGCUCUAUCAAUUACAUGGCACAAUCACACCCACAUGUGCUCUUCGUAGCAUUAGCCACCCACGGCCACUUCAAUCCAGGCCUUCACUUAGCCAACAUCCUCUCUCACGGCGGCGUUUAUGUAACCUUCGCCACCUCCUCCUCCGUCCGCCACCGUCUCCCCAAACUUCCCUCCUCCCCAAACCUCUCCUUCUCCUUCUUCUCCGACGGCCAGGACGACGGCUUUAAGCUCGGUAACGACGUCGUUCCAUUCCUCUCACAAUUCGAGCGCCAAGCCUCCAUAGCCAUCCGGCAAACCAUUCUCAAAUCCAAAGCCAAUGGAAAGCCCUUCUCUUUUGUUGUUUACUCUUUGCUCACUCCAUGGAUGGCCGAUGUGGCUUGUUCAUUUCACCUCCCUUCCGCUCUCUUUUGGAACCAAUCCGCCGCCGUUUUUGCAAUUUAUUAUCACUUCUUCAAUGGCUAUAAAGACGUUAUUGGAAACGCCUUCUCCCAUCCUUCUAUUCAAAUUCACUUACCCGGCCUUCCUUUGUUGAACUCUAAACAACUUCCCUCUCUAUGCAAUCCGGCAAACUCCAACGCUUUUGUCCUUAAACUCUACGAAACUCACUUCCAUGUCAUCAAACAAGAACCCCAUUUGAAAAUUUUAAUCAACACGUUUGAUGAUUUGGAGCACGACGCGUUGAGAGCGAUUAGUGUUGACUUGAUCCCAAUUGGGCCUGUGUUGCCUUCUCUUUCUUUCUUCCACCCUACCAAUUCUAUGGAUUUGAAACCCUACAUUGGGUGGCUGAAUUCCAAACCCAAAUCGUCGGUUGUGUACGUGUCGUUCGGGAGCAUUGCGGCGGUGUCGACGGCUCAAUUGGAGGAGAUUGCUAGAGGGUUAUUGGAUUCAAAGCGGCCAUUUUUAUGGGUGAUGAGGAAAACGAGCGAUGGUGAUGAAGGAGAUUUAGUGAGCUGCCGUGAAGAGCUGGCGGCUAAAGGGAAGAUAGUUACAUGGUGUUCGCAACUUGAGGUUUUGUUGCAUCCAUCGAUUGGGUGUUUUUUGACGCAUUGUGGUUGGAAUUCUUCGUUGGAGAGCGUUGCUUGUGGUGUGUCGGUGGUGGCGUUCCCGCAAUGGACGGAUCAAUCGACCAAUGCGAGGAUUAUUGAGGAGUCGUCUAAGAAUGGAGUGAGGUUGAGAAUGAAUGAUGAUGGGAUUGUUGAGAGGGGAGAGAUCAAGAAAUGCUUGGACCUUGUCAUGGGCGAUGGAGUUGAGGGGGAGAGCUUGAGAAGGAAUGCUUUAAAAUGGAAGGACUUGGCCAACCUUGCGACCACUAAGGGAGGUUCUUCCAACGUCAACGUUAGCGUGUUUCUUGAUUUUGUGUGUAAUGGUGGCAACCGUAAAGAGUAUCUCUCUAAGAUGUCUUUCAAUAAUUUAUGUUUAGAUUUAAAUCCCGUCUAGUUUUAAGAAUGAGAAACAAAAAUGGGAGUGAAAGUUUAAUCCUCGUUAAUGUUCA